CUAAUUCCAACAGUGUGUAAAAAAAGGGAUUAAAACAAAUCGCGGAAAAAGCCUCGGAAACUCGGGAAAAAUUCGGCGAGCCCUCGUCCCUAUCUCCAUUAAUUUGCGCCCCGCCCCAUACUCUGAUCUGCUCCAACUUGUUUGUCCCUGCUUUAAAAAUCGUUUCUUUAAGGCCCCCAUACCCCCCCCCACUUCGCGGUGGGAGAUGGAAAUGGUGGGCUCUUCGGGUCGCGGAGGAGGCGUCGUCGUCGUCGUCGUCGUCGUCGGGGCGAAGGGGGGCGCGCGCUCGUGCGGUGGUGGCUUCUUCGAGGUCUCUCCCGGUCCCCACAAUCCCAUUCGGGGAGGAGCUUAGUGUGGAGAGAGAGAGAGAGAGAGAGAGGGAUUUAAAGGGGGAUUUUGGGACCCUGGUUUUGGAGAAUUUGAAGUUGCCGAGGUGGUAUGGGGUAUGGGGUAUGGGGUAUGGGCGUGGAGCUUUCUAGGGUUUUAAAAGGGUUUUCUUUUUUUUUUUUUAAUGGGAUUUGGGGAUGUGGGUCGAGAUGGGUUUUUGGUUUCAUAGCCUCUCCGAGUAGUCCAAGGUAUCAUUCACGCGAUACAGUGGCAAAAGUUGCGAGUUUUGGGUUCCCAGAGCUUCUUCUUCUUCCUCUUCUCCCUUCACGUCGCAAAUAAUUAAGCACUUCAAAGCACUAGAGUUUUUUUUUUUUAUUUGCUCCAUCUUAGUGAUCAUAAUCAUCAUCAUAAGUGAGUGUGUUGUGUUGUGUUGAGUUGUGUUGUGUUGUGUUGUGUUGUGUUGUGUUGUGUUGUGUGAGAAAGAAAGAAAGUUUCUCGGUUGUUUGUUUUCGAGCUCGAGCUCUUGUUUGCUGCAAAUUUGAUCAGCUAAUCGCGCGCAAUAAAAAAGAGAAGAGAAGAAAAGAAAAGAGAUGUCUUCUUCGCGGCCCGCGCAGUCGGCCACCAGCUCCAGCCGGGGCCGGCAGAGCGCGCGCAUAAUCGCGCAGACGACCGCGGACGCGAAGCUGGCGGCGGAGUUCGAGGAGUUGGGCGACACCUUCGACUACUCCAGGUCCGUCCACGCCCACCAGUCGGCGUCGCAGCGGCGGUCGGAGACGGUGACCGCGUACCUGCAGACGAUCCAGAAGGGGAAGCUGAUCCAGCACUUCGGCUGCCUGCUGGCCCUGGACGAGAAGACCUUCCGGGUCAUCGCCUUCUCGGAGAACGCCCCCGACAUGCUCACCAUGGUCAGCCACGCCGUCCCCAGCGUCGGCGACCACCCCACGCUCGCCAUCGGCACCGACGUCCGCACCCUCUUCACCGCCCUCAGCACCGGCGCCCUCCAGAAGGCCCUGGGCUUCGCCGAGGUCUCCCUGCUCAACCCCAUCCUCGUCCACUGCAGGACCUCCGGCAAGCCCUUCUACGUGCCCAUGACCGCCGCCGGCGCCCUCCAGUCCUACAAGCUCGCCGCCAAGGCCAUCGCCAAGCUCCAGUCGCUCCCCGGCGGCAGCAUGGAGAGGCUCUGCAGGACCGUCGUCGACGAGGUCUUCGAGCUCACCGGCUACGACCGGGUCAUGGCCUACAAGUUCCACGACGACGACCACGGCGAGGUCUACGCCGAGGUCACCAAGCCCGGCCUCGACCCUUACCUCGGCCUGCAUUAUCCCGCCACCGACAUCCCGCAGGCCGCGCGGUUCCUCUUCAUGAAGAACAAGGUGAGGAUGAUCUGCGACUGCCGCGCCAAGCCCGUCAGGGUCUACCAGGACGAGUCCCUGCCGUUCGACAUCACCUUCUGCGGAUCCACCCUCCGGGCGCCGCACAGCUGCCACCUGCAGUACAUGGAGAACAUGAACUCCAUCGCCUCCCUGGUGAUGGCCGUCGUGAUCAACGAGAGCACGGCCGAGGCCGAGGCCGAGGCCGAGGCCGAGGCCGAGGCCGAGGCCGAGGCCGAGCCGGGCCAGCAGCCCAACCAGCAGCAGCAGCAGCAGAAGAGGAAGAAGCUGUGGGGGCUCGUGGUGUGCCACAACGAGAGCCCGCGCUUCGUCCCCUUCCCUCUGAGGUACGCCUGCGAGUUCCUGAUGCAAGUGUUCGCCAUCCACGUCAAUAAGGAGAUGGAGCUGGAGAGCCAGAUUCGCGAGAAGAGCAUCCUGCGGACCCAAACGCUGCUCUGCGACAUGCUGCUCAGAGAGGCGGCCCCGUUGAGCAUUGUAUCUCAGAGCCCGAACAUCAUGGAUCUUGUCAAGUGCGAUGGCGCCGCCCUUCUGUACCGGAAUAAAGUGUGGCGGCUCGGCCUGACGCCGACCGAAUCCGAGAUCCGCGACAUCGCCUCCUGGCUCUCCGAAUGCCACAUGGAUUCGACCGGACUGAGUACGGAUAGCCUGCACGACGCAGGAUAUCCGGGCGCUUUAGCUCUCGGUGAUGUGGUCUGUGGGAUGGCCGCCGCAAGAAUCACCUCGAAGGACAUUCUUUUCUGGUUCAGGUCGCAUACGGCGGCCGAAAUUAGGUGGGGAGGAGCUAAACAUGAUCCUAAUGAUAAGGACGACGGGCGGAGAAUGCACCCCAGGUCGUCUUUCAAAGCAUUUCUCGAGGUAGUAAAGAUGAGGAGCUUGCCUUGGAAUGACUACGAAAUGGACGCGAUCCAUUCGCUGCAGCUUAUUCUAAGAGGGACUCUAAAUGAUCUUGGGAAGGCCGGCAAAAUGGCUGUUUUGGAUGACCAGAUCGGCGAGCUUAAGCUCGAGCCCAUGGCGGAGCUGCACGCGGUGACGAGCGAAAUGGUGCGGCUUAUUGAGACAGCGACUGUGCCGAUUCUGGCGGUGGACGGCAACGGGCUUAUAAACGGGUGGAAUCAGAAGAUCGCGGAGUUGACCGGUCUCUCGGUUGAUGAGGCUAUAGGGAAGCAUCUGCUUACUCUCGCGGAAGAAACUUCUGUCCCCACUGUUAAGAUGAUGCUUUAUUUAGCAUUGCAAGGGAAAGAAGAGCAAAAUGUGCAAUUCCAAAUGAAAACUCACGGUGCUAAGAGGGACGAAGGCCCCGUCGUCUUGAUCGUGAAUGCCUGUGCUAGCCGCGACAUCAACGAACACAUCGUCGGUGUCUGUUUCGUGGCCCAAGACAUGACCGGCCACAAGUUAGUCCUGGACCGGUUCACUCGAAUCGAAGGGGAUUACAAAGCCAUAAUACAAAAUCCCAACGCGCUAAUCCCUCCUAUAUUCGGUGCUGAUGAGUUUGGCUGGUGUUCGGAGUGGAAUGCCGCCAUGACCAAGUUAUCUGGAUGGCGGAGGGACGAAGUGAUCGAUAAGAUGCUCUUAGGCGAGGUCUUUGGCAUUAAUGCGGCCUGUUGCCGUACGAAGAACCAAGAUUCAUUCGUUAAUCUUAGCAUUAUUAUCAAUAAUGCGAUGACAGGCCAAGAAACUGAGAAGGCCCCUUUCGGCUUUUUUACCCGAAACGGGAAGUUUGUCGAGUGCUUACUGUCAGUGAGUAAGAAGGUCGAUGCAGAAGGAAUGGUCACCGGAGUCUUCUGCUUUAUUCAUAUUGCGAGUCACGAGCUCCAGCAAGUGCUCCAAGUACAGCAACUAUCAGAGCAAACGGCAAUGAAGAGGCUGAAGGCUUUGGCGUAUAUAAGACAUGAGAUAAGGAAUCCUCUUUCGGGUAUUUUGUUUACUAGAAAGAUGAUGGAGGGCACGGAUUUGACAGAAGAGCAGAAGCAGCUUCUUGACACGGGAACGAAGUGCCAUCGUCAGAUAAACAAGAUACUCGACGACUUGGAUCUAGAUAACAUUAUGGACAGCUGUUUGGAUUUGGAAAUGGCCGAGUUUUCACUGCAAGACGUGGUGGCAACUGCCGUCAGUCAAGUUCUGGUUGCUAGCCAGGCGAAGGGGAUUAGAAUAACUUACGAUUUGUCUGAUAGAUUAAUGACCGAAAAAGUUUACGGGGACAGUCUUAGGCUUCAGCAGAUCAUUGCCGACUUCUUAUUAGUUUCUGUGAAGUAUUCGCCGAGCGGAGGCCAUGUGGAAAUCGCUCCCAAACUGAUUAAGGACCGUCUGGGAGAAACCGUCCAUCUCGUACAUCUAGAGCUCAGGAUCACGCACACGGGUAGCGGAAUUCCCGAGGAAUUACUGUCGCACAUGUUUGGAAACACCGAGGACCCAUCUGAGGAGGGCCUCAGCCUCCUCGUCUGUAGGAAGCUGCUGAGGCUCAUGAACGGCGACAUUCGGUAUUUACGGGAGGCGAGCAAAUCGGCUUUCAUGGUCACUGUUGAGCUUGCUUCGGCCACGAACCGUGCCCGGGAGCACGCGGGCUCUCCUUUGAAGAGGCAUUGAGAUCUUUCUCUGUAUAUUAUACCGAGCUUGAUGUACGACCGAGAAGGAUGCAAGACGAAGAAAACUCCUCAGGUUUUCUGCAUAUGUACUCGCACAAACACGCAGAAUCGUGCAGAUAUUGCCGCAAAACUUACUGUUCGCACGUGGACAGCCAAAUAAGCAAGGUUUUCGGGGGUGCGUGCCAAGAUACGAACUUUGCAGUGAUAUCUAUGCUAUUUCGUGUAUUUGGAGGGCGUAUAUGUGCGAAAAACCGCAGGAACUUUUGCUGACCAUGGAUGUUAUGCUUGUAAAACUUUUCAAUCUUCUGCAGUAUGCUUUUCAACUUCCUGUGUCUGCUGUAGUUUUUUACAUGCGCUAGGCUAUGGUCUGAACUGGAGAAAUGUUUUAUGCGGAUGAUCCGAUCCAUGAUAAUCCAUGGAUCGAGUCGAUCGGCCAAUUCUCUGGAUUAGUUUUGGGCCUUAUCUGUAGCAGUUUCCUUUAAUGUCUAUAUCAGCUUGUCUUUUCAUCUUGUUCUUUUUA